GGGUUCCUCGGCCGUUUUCGCGCACUCGACGAUGACGACGACGUUUUUUGGCGCGCGCCCUCCGGACAGGGAUCUUCUGCCUCCGCCGACCCGUUGGCCAGACGACGGCCGGGGGGGACCUUCGUGAGCGAGAGUGGUAUGGUGCAAGGUUUCGCGACAUAACUUAAGCUCGGCAUGCCGUGUGCGGCCAACAGCGAGAGAGCGCGAGCUAUUUGACCGAUACGGAUCGACGACACGCACUCUGGCCGUCGAGAUCACAACUACGGCGUCGGCACGGAUCACGGACGACGAAAAUAUUAAUACAAAUAAUAUUACAAUUAUUGUGUAUUAUUAAUAUUACGUUUGAUGUAAAACGGUAGGUGGCCGCCGCGGGGACGUACACCACCGUGACGACUGACGACUGAGGACGUCUCUCCGUCUCGUAAGUCGUCGUCUACGACCCUGCCGGCUAACGGCAAUUGUGGGUGGUCACUUCACGCGCCGUGGGUAUUCGAAAACCGAGAUAACCCGUAAACAGCUUUCAGCUGCGACAUCCGAGUUUUUUUCCUUCUGAUAACAAAACAAUAAUAUUUACCUUUCACUCGUUCGCGUACGAAUAAAACGGUCGCGGUUCCGCGCACUAUAAAUUAACAUUAUUGGUGUACUUACAAGUUUAAUCGUUCCGCGCUCGUACUACACUACACUGCAAUGCCCACUGAUAGCGUUUCGUAACCCUGUCUCCCGCGAUAUGACGUUUUGAGCCACUGCGAUAGUUUAAUGCCGGGCAUCAGUCAGGUGGAUUUUGUUGGCCAACAGCAGCAACAACAACAGCAGCAGCAACAACAACAACAACAACACCAUCACCAUGUCGUCAAUCCAACGCUGGCGCACAAUUACGCGGCACCCCAACCCAUGAAAUCGCUGGACCAGGUCAAAGUUGUCUACUCAAACUCGGCCAACAGCCGAAAUUACGUGCCGGUCAACUCGCUGCCAAACGGCACGAUUAAUUCUACCAGUACAGGUUCUGGAACCGCUGUUGUAAUUAAGUCAACAUCUCAACAGCAUCAUCAUAAUUCACCUCCCGUUUCCACAAUGACUUUACCUGGACAAGUAUCGUCCAAUCAAUCCUCUGUAUCAUCAAACGUUAUUACUGUUUCCAAACAAAUGGCACAAGGUGUAGUUACUGGUAACUCUCCUCAGACAAUUUUGCCAGCAAAUGUACAAAUACUAAAUGUCAAUGCACUGCGGCCGCAAAAUUCUCAAGGCGGAGUUAAUAAAAAUAUGUCAAGAGUAAUGAUACCUCAAGUAGUUGGAUCCCGUCCUGGUGCACCUGGGCUUACUCUACAAACACUCCAACAAGCACAAGGUGGACACAUAUUGUUAAAGACUGAAAAUGGCCAGUAUCAGUUAUUACGAGUUGGCCCAGCACCUAGUCAAGGGAAUACUAUUACUCAAAAUAAUGCAAAUUUUAGAGUACAAUCUGUUCCUUCGGUUGCAACUAACAAUGUUUCCAUUGCUGGUACACCAACUACAACACCAACCCAAACGAUAGCUCAACCUCAACAGGCGCAUCAAAAAAUUCAACAAGACAAUACUAAAGAAAAAUGCCGGAAAUUUUUAGCCAAUUUACUUGAAUUGUCAAGUAAAGAACCUAAACCUGUAGAAAGAAGUGUGCGAACCCUUAUACAAGAACUGGUUGAUGCCAAGGUGGAGCCAGAACAGUUUUGUGAUCGACUAGAGAAACUUCUAAAUGCUUCACCACAACCGUGCCUUAUUGGUUUCCUCAAGAAAAGCCUACCACUCUUGAGGCAAUCACUUAUGUUAAAAGAAAUGGUGAUUGAUGGAAUUCGACCACCACAACUUAGUGCUCAACCUACUGUUGUUUUAGCUAAUCAGCAGCAAGCAACGAAUACACAAGUAAUGGGAAAUAUCUUAAGUAAUGCAGCAUCUAACCAACAAACGGUUAGAAUAAUGACUUCCCAACCAGCCUUAACACCAGCAAGGACAAUUAAUUCUCAACAACAACAUAGAAUUGUUUCUCAACAAGUCAGGGUACAAACCCCACAAGGUCUCACAGCUGUUAAUAAAAUGGGUUCAAUUCGUAUUCAACCUCCAGUAGCAACUUCUCAAACUACUACACUUCCUCCACCACUUACAUCGACAUCAUCCCCAAGACCACCAGUGGGUGGUGGUCGGCAAAUGCUUGUUAAAGCAGUACCUCUUAAGACGACACCAGUUGGAUCGCAUAUUAAGAUUAGUACUCCUUUAGCAUCGACACCACUACCAACUAAUAGUAUAACAAUGCCUCAACCUCGGAUACCACCAUCACCAAAUAUAAUAGCACAACCAACAACGAUCAACAAAAUUUCAACACCAAUUACCGUUGCUCCGCCAAUAGUUGCAUUGUCUAAACCUCCAUCCAAGGAAAAAGAAAAGAAAUCUUUUUCGUCAUCAGCAGCAUAUGUUGGUGAUGAUGAUAUUAACGAUGUCGCUGCUAUGGGUGGUGUCAACUUAGCAGAAGAAACCCAAAGAAUUUUAGGUUCUACUGAAUUUGUUGGAACACAAAUUAGAUCAUGUAAAGAUGAAAUACUUUUACCGCAAAAUCCAUUAGUAGCAAAAAUUAAACAAAUUGUAAAUAGAGAAGGUUUAGAAGAUGCUGCCGCUGAUGUACCAGCAUUAGUAUCGCAUGCAGUCGCUGAACGUUUAAAAGAUCUUUUAGAAAAAUUUGCCGUUGUAGCGGAGCAUCGUUUAGAUUUUAAUAAAGCGGAUAAACGUUAUGAAAUUACUAGAAAUAUUCGAGGUCAAAUCAAAUGUCUUGAAGAAAUUGACAAGGUUGAACGUAAGAAGCAAGAUGAAAUGGAGCGAGAGCUCUUGUUACGAGCAGCUAAAAGCAGAUCUAAAAACGAAGAUCCAGAACAAGCAAAAUUAAAAGCUAAAGCCAAAGAGAUGCAAAGGGUGGAGAUGGAAGAACUACGACAGCGAGAAGCUAAUUUAACUGCCUUAAAUGCAAUUGGACCUAGGAAAAAACCAAAAUUAGAACCAGGAAUAAGUCCUAGUUUACAGAACCAAAAUUCUAGUAUUAGUACCAGCUUAACAAAUAGACAAACAAUACCUAGACAAAGGAUAAAACGUGUUACCAUGCGAGAUACACUAUUUGUACUUGAACAAGAAAAAGAUAUUCGUAGGAAGGCAAAUUUCAUGUUCAAACCAUUCUUGAAGUGAUAUUUACCAUCAGAUUGUCAUUGUAGCCGUUCCUUAUUGCGGCUGCUGGCUAGUCAUGUUGACUAUGUUUUCUGCCGCACUGUCGAACUUAUUCAAAUUGUUGUUAAAACCCAUUUCAUGCAUAUUCUAGAUUAAUUUUAUCCACAAAAUUGUUAAUUUUUGUUAUAUUGUUUUUUUUUUUCAAUCACUGUUAAUUUUUCUCUUUCAUUGUUAAUCGCAACACAAAUCAAGAAAAGAGGUUAUAGACCAUGUUCAUGUUAGUUAUUAAUUGAAUGCAGUGAAAAAAAAACUUUUGCGAUGUAUCAAAUAUGGAUAUUUAUAUAUUUAUAUAUAUAUAUGAUAUCACUCAUUAAGCCCAUGUUGAAAAUAAUGUAUUUUUUUAUUGUAAAUAACACUAAUGUAUUGUAUGUAUGUUAAAAAAGAAUAUUUUGUUAAUGUAAAAAAAAGGGAGUUACUCAAUUCUUAUUCUGUAAGUUAUGAUCCGAUAUAAGUGAGCACUCAUUAUAUUAUUUUGUAUAAUGUAUAUAUUUUUUUAUUAUAAAUUAAUAAAAUUAAUAGGGUUCAGUGAUUUUCACACACAAAAAAA